UAGGGGUGGGCAAUAUAAUGAUAUUUUAUCGUUAUUGUGAUAAAUUCUGUCAUAAAGCUUUUCUAAGCAUGUCAUGGAUGUAGUCAGUGCUUAAAGAACACUAACUACAUGUUUCAUUACAAAGUGAGUAUAAAUAGGCCUGUGUAAUUGGAUCUAGCACAGCGGUGUGUAAAACACUGAAUAAAAAUGAUUGUAGUUGUAAGUUUAUUGUUAUUAUUAUAGUAUUUUUGUCAUAUAUGUAACACUACAUGUUCUAUUUCAUCUAUUUCAAAAUUAGAUAUCGUGAUGCAUAUUGUGAAAAUGUCUUGAAGUAUCGCGAUAUCAUCUUUGCCAUAUCGCCCACCUUUACCUUCUACUGUCUACAGCCCAGAAACGGUCUGUUUUUGGAAACUCUGACAGAAAAUCUAUCUGAAAUGGGAAUUUUGACAUUCCUCGCCAGCUUUGACGUGGAGAGCGCAUGUCACCCCAACACCCAGUCCCGUUUACCAUCUCAUAGGGUCUUUGCUGCUCGUGUACGAAGCACACGACCCCUCUUUUCUCAGACAGCCCGACAGCAUGUAGCUGUUGCAGUGUAGUGCUCAGCGUGUGCGCGCGCGUCGCUCCGCCUAUGGCGCUUCCCUCACUGGCCGCUCAUCUCCACAGCCUGGUCAGCUCAGCACCAGAGACCGAGCCAGAGGCACACAGCCGGGCUAAACAUCGCAUUUCGUGACUGAACAUGGGACGAAAAACUCAGCUGCCACACUUUUCUUUGAGCGACUUCCUCGUCGAGCGUGUCUGAAGCGGAGUCGUGUUUUUUUCCUCCCUCUCUCUCUCAGUACUUUCUCCUCAGGCUGUAUUGGUGAUAAGUCAACGCCAGCACUCCUCACGUUCCCCUCAGCGUCUUUUCUGGAGUUUGCCCGCUUCGUUUCCGUCCAUAUUCCUCCUUUUCUGACUGCUCUAUGUGGAUUUUGUUCCGAAGGAGAUGGGGGACUCCGUGUUCUUCGACAGGCACAUUUCUUAUCUUGGUGACUUUACCUGGAAUAGCCUGUCUGGGCGGAGUGUGCGGCUUAAGCCGGUGGCCAUCCAGAGCCUGUCGGAACUGGAGAGAGUGAGGCUGCAGGAGGUUGCUUUCAACCGGCUACACCAGGACUAUGACCUGGGCUGCCAGAUCACAAUACCCAAAGAUGGCCAGAAGAGGAAGAAGUCACUGCGGAGGAAGUUGGACUCCUUAGCCAAAGAGAAGAACAAAGACAAAGACAACGCACCCCAGGCCUUUGGCAUCUCCCUGUCACAGGUGAUUGCCAACGACCGGACGCACAGGCAGCGUCAGGAGGGUCAGCGGCUGGAUCCCAUCCCCCGCGAGGAGCACAAAGACUCCAGUGACCUUGUCUCCUCCAUCCUGCAGUUUGCCACUAAGCGGCCCACCAAGGAGCUCUCCAGCAGCAACUCGUCCCUCAGCUCCACUUCAGAGACUGCUAAUGAGUCCACCUCGCCUAACACACCAGAAGCAGCACCCCGCGCUCGCAGGAGGGGUGGCAUGUCAGUGGACUCCAUCACCGACUUGGACGAUAACCAGUCUCGUCUGCUGGAGGCCCUGCAGCUGUCCCUGCCGGCCGAGACACCUAGCAAGAAGGAGAAGCAUCGGGAUAAGAGGCUGAGUCUGAACCCCAUCUACAGGCAGGUGCCACGCGUGGUGGACAGCUGCUGCCAGCACCUUGAGAAGUACGGUCUGCAAACGGUAGGGAUCUUCAGAGUGGGCAGCUCGAAGAAGAGAGUGAGGCAGCUGCGGGAGGAGUUUGAUCGGGGUGUGGACGUGCAGCUGGAUGAGGAGCACAGUGUCCAUGACGUGGCUGCCUUGCUGAAGGAAUUCCUGAGGGACAUGCCUGACCCACUCCUCACCAAGGAGCUCUACACUGCCUUCAUCAACACCAUGUUGAUGGAGCCUGAAGACCAGCAGAUAGCCACACAGCUGCUAGUGUACCUGUUGCCGCCCUGUAACAGUGACACCCUCCACCGGCUGCUGGAGUUUCUGCACACAGUGGCUCAGCAUGCCAAUGAUGCAUAUGACAAAGAUGGACAGGAGGUGACAGGCAACAAGAUGACAUCCAUAAACUUAGCCACCAUCUUUGGGCCAAACCUGCUGCACAAACAGAAGAGCUCAGACAAAGAGUUCAGUGUUCAAAGCUCCGCUCGGGCUGAGGAAUCCACUGCCGUCAUCGCCGUGGUGCAGAGGAUGAUCGCCACCUUUGAGGAUCUCUUCAUGGUGUCUCCUGAUCUGCAAAAUGAGGUGCUAAUGAGCUUGUUGGAGACCGAUCCUGAUGUGGUAGACUACCUACUACGACGGAAGGCAUCACAGAGUCCAGAUUUGUUAAAUUCAGGGACCACCUUCUCUCUGAGUGAACGGAGAUCAUCCAGUGACUCCAACAAGGUGUCAAGUGGUGAGUUGUCUCCCUAUGACAAUAACUCCCCUGUGAUGUCUGAGAGGAGGGGAGGAGAUGGAGUUAGCAGCAGUGGCAGUGGUGCUGGAGGAGCCCUUAGCACUGAGCGACUCUUCCGCGUCCCGGAACAGUACACCCUGGUGGGCCAAGUCACAGGCCGCACCAGGGACACCGUCUCAAACCCCUGGUCCCCAACAAAGGAUAUUUCAGAGGAGCAUGCCAACAUCUGGGGCGCAUGGCACUCAACGCUGAAGCCAGGGCUGAAAGAACAAACCUAUACAGGUUCCUAUGGCAACAUGUCCGAGGGGAGCUCCCGCAGCUCGCAGGAGGGGAUCGACAGUCACCAAGGCGACCCCAAGCUUGUGCGGACACAGCCCUCUUUGGGUGGGACAGACUGUCGGCAGCAUGCUACAGUGAAUCGCGCGUGCAGCAGCCCUCGGUCCGGCCAGCGACAUCUCCGUCUGAAUCUCAACCCCGAUGGCCAGUCGGUGUCCAGCAGCUCAGAGGACCUCCCGGUCGGAAGCAGUCACAGCACUCCUAGUCCCACCAUUUUCCCUAAACCAGCCAAUAGGAAUGACACACGCCCCCCUCCACCCCCUUACGGACACUUGAGGUCAGCUGCUUUAACAGUUUCGUCCAUUUCCCCAACGUCUCAUGCACCGGUGGCCUCAGCUAAGCACUGUCCCCAACAGAGCGGGAAAGCCAUUCAGAACUCAUCCUCCUCCCCAGGGGGCGCUCUGACUCCCCUGAGCCCAGAGUGGCAGGACUGGCAAAGAGACAGGUGGCAAAUCUGGCAGCUCCUGUCUUCAGACAAUGCGGACACACUGCCCGAGACGCUGGUCUGAGGAGUACUGUUGUGGACCCCAAAGGUAUCUCAGAGGCACCUGGGAUUGACCAGUACAGUUUAUACAAAAAAAGCCACUGUUUCAUGCCCGUGUGCAGCUGAGUUUGUGGCUGUGUUCAAUGGCAAAAACAAAUGAGACGUAACCCAGCAGGUGGAACUGAGGACAAGGCAGCAAAAAUUACUAACCACCUGAAAGUCACACCGUCGUGCUCGGGCCCUUUCCAUUCCAGUAAAAUGAAGCCCUCUGUCAUCUUUCCUUGCUUAUUCUAACUCCAAAACGAGGCUAAUUUGUUUCACUUUGAUGCUUAGCUGUUUGACGCUUAGCUCCGUAAGUAACAGUGACUAAAGAUUGUUACAUUAAAAACACCAAAUCUCAUAACCUUGCAUCAAGAAUAUAAGACAUCUGAGUGGAAGAGACUGGGAUAUAUAAGGGCUCGUCUUAAUUGAGAUUGGAACUGGGCCACUGAUGUGGUGCUAUGUUCUCUAAAUCUGUCAAAUCCACUUCAGCUGUGGAUGGAAAGAUGCAGAGCAAAGAACAAAAAACCAGGUACCAAAAAUGAGCGUAGCCGACACCGUCGCAAACCUAAUGUUGAACUGUCAAAUCAUUAAAUCAUUGGUUCUUUUACAUGGACAAAUUGAGAAAUACAGUAUAUUCAGACUAUUGUUUAACUGCUGUGUACGUCCGCUUUUUAUUAUUUUUGUUUUAUUUUUUUUAACAAUUCGUGCACUGAGUAAUACGACAUGAGGUAGAACUUACCAUUACAGUAAAGAAUAGUAAUUAUAGUCUCUGUUCCCCUUUGUAUAUACACCAUAAGAAUAUUGCCAAAAAGCUGCUAAAUCACAAGAUGACUCUAAAGCUUAAUGUAUAUUAUCUCAUCUUACCUCUAUCAUUUCAGUAAGUACACGAGGACGGUGUAAUGCCAUGUCAAACAGGACAUGCGGUGUCAGCCUUUAAGUAAUGAGAUUAAGGUAUGAGAGCGAUUCUGUAAUAUCUACAGUAGGGUGGUAAAGAGACUGCAGUCAUUUAGGCCAUGAAUUUAAGCCUUUAGCACUUAAUAAAACAUACAUUCAGCCAGACUGAUUCGGUUUUCAGCUAACUUGACUUCAGAUGACUCUCUGCCUCUAUGUGCCUUCUUAUAGCCUUGCCUGAGAGCAUUUUACAGAUGCAGGAUUUAAAGAAGCAGGACGUAGGAAUAGUAUGUUUAAACAGUACUGCUUCCCAUCCCAUCAUGUGGCUUAGAAGCAGCUACAGGUCAACCAUUUGAAUGUUUUUGGAGACGCUUUAGCACAGUCUCACUCCUUCAAAUUCAGGAUGAUGAAAAUGUUUCAAAAGGUUACAUAAGCAGCUGAUCUACAGCACUGCGUAGAAGUCCAACCUUUAGCUUAUUUAAUCUCCAGUCAAAACGACCAUUAAGUACAAGUUACUCAUUUUUCAGUGUCAUAAAGAGGCAGAAACAUAUUUAACAGAAAACUAUAAAAAAAAAAAACACUAAAUAAAACAACAUUUUUCAGUAUUUACUGUGUCCACCCUUUUCCUUUAUUACAGUUUCUGAAAGCUUUAAGUACUCUUUAUCUGAUGGUGACAGUGUUUGUUGUCUACCAGGUUUUGCUUGAUUGUUAGGAGACCCAUUUUAUCUGUAACUUUAAUUAAUUUGUUGAUCUUCAGUUUGGAAACUUCUUUUUUUCUUCUUAUGCACAUAAAUUAUCUUCUAUCUGAUAUCCUCAGAACUAACACCUGAAAAAUAAAUAGCAUGUACUUAAUGGCUGUUCAGACUGGAAAUUAAAUAAUUAAAUCUCUGACCUUUGCAUCCAGUGCAUUAUGUUAAAUUAAUAGCACAUACAACCUGUUUUAAAGCAUUAAGAGGUCUUAAACUAAUCAAGCUUGAGAGCCAACAACUGUCAUUGUAGUUGUUUCUGUGGUAGCUUUGUUCAAGACAACUUAUGUCAGAUUUGUAGGGUAGAGUGAGGCACAACUUAACACAUCUUGGUUUUGGCAAAAUAAUUGUAAUAUUUGAGCAAGUUCAAUAUUUUUCUUUGUACAUUCACAUCUCUGUAAGAAAUGAAAACAUUUGUUUCCAGCACCUGCUAUUUCAGAACAUUUCAGUCAAACGAGACAUGAGGGGGCACAUUUUGGCCCACAGAUGGGGUUAAUUGUCAGAUGAAGGGCUGGUUGUAACAAUUGGUAGAAAAAUCUGGCAAACUGAUGCAAACACAAUUAAUUCUAAAUAAAUAUCAUUGGUAUAAAGAGGUUGUCAAAACCUGUCAAAGGUAUUUUAAACCACAAAGUUCAACAGCAAAAUGUUAGCAUUAGAAAAUAUUAUUCUAUUUUAUUUAUAUGACAUCUCUAGUGUGUAGUAGUAGUAGUGGUAGUAGUUGUAUGGAUUUCUUUCAUUGUUUACUUUGGGAGCAUUAAUUGUGACACUGUUAAAAUCAGCCCUGCCACACGGCUGGACUUAAGACUGGCUCUCACUGUGAGUUAUUUAAGCUUCAAAAUGGUGCUACAGUUCAGUAAUCAAAAAAGACAUAAUAAAGGGGUACAUUUAUGGUACGGAAACAGUCUGUAUGGAGGAAUGUUUGUCAGAAUGCGGUGAGAGUUUGAGGAUUAUGGGAAUAUGAGAGGGAGACCAAACGCACAUUCAACUUGAUCCAGUUUGACUACAACUAUCUAAAAAAUCUGUGCUGCAUUUUACCACGUUAGGUUGUGCCACACUCUUCCCUACUGAAAUGUAACUUAAAUUCUUUGUUAAAUGCUUCAUUCUUUUUCUCUGUAUGGUCUUUCACAGGAGCUCUAGAAACAGAUAUUAAAGAUAUAAUAGAUAUUUAUUGCAUAGUGUAAACAGCUAUAAUGUCAUUGGCUCUCAGUAGAGUAAAAUCAUGACAAGAUUGUGUUUGUAUUGAACCGUUUUGCACACUGAACUCUGCUAUUAGUGUCUUCUUUGGUCAUUAAACAGAUUAGCACCCAGCUAGCUGUUACUGAACCAAGGAACACUCACCUCAGUGGGCUUGAAUCACUUGUAGAGGAAAAUGUAAAAAAUGUUCUUAGGAUCUUUCAUGCUCUGUUUUAGUGACAGGCUAGUCUCCCUAUUACAGACCCUUAGUUUGGAUUUAUGGGUUAGCAUGCUAACCCCUUCACUCACACUGUCCAUCUCUUUUAGGGCUGAUUACAAAGUUAACAUGCUAUCCCAUGACUUGGUUUCAGCUAAACUUAUUUCAUUCUGAUGAUAAUAACGUCAUCACAGCUGCCAGGUUUGAUGAUUUUUUUUCUCCCAUUAAAUCUGGUUUCAUGAUCUGAAAAUGUGUCUCUCGAUCUUCUGCCUUCACUGUGGUGUACAUAUUUGCCUGCAAAUGUUGCAUUCUGGGUUACUGACAUAUAUUUUUAAAUCCUUUUGGUGGCAGCAGUUGUUCCAGUUCGUUAUUAAAUAUCUGGCUUGCCAUGCAUUGUUCACUGGCUCAGAAACGCUCAGACUGGCUAUAAUAUCAGCUUGUUUUGUGAGAUGUACUAACAGUGUUGCCAUUUUGGGAGAACAUUCCAAAAAUCUCAGAGCUUUUACUGUGGUUUAAUGUUGAUCCUGGCUGUGUCCUGUGCCAAAUGUUUUCUCAGCAAUAUUACUUACAGAAUUUUUUCAUUGUUGUGUAAUUAUGUUAAUGAUUUUGUAAGCCCAAAUAUAAAGUAUAAGGAUGUUAUUACUUCAAUAUUAGUCAGUAUUGUAUUAAGGAACAGUUUGUACUCCAAACAGAUUUUUUUUUUGUAUGAUCUGACUUUUGCCGUGAAGCU